AUGCUCUCCAAGAUAGCCAGAGGCAAACGCCGACGCAGACCGCCUCCUCGCAGGAAACGCGGAAAACAGCAGUACCUCACGGAAAUGGCGAUCUUUCGGGACGUGCCUAUCCAGACGGAGGAGUCCUGGGUCUGCAGCCAUGGACGGCAGAAUGUGCAGCAGGAGCUCGUUCUGCUGCGAGACAUUGGUGCCCAAACUGAUGAGAUUGGGAUUGAGCGGACGUGGGCUCACCAGAAUGAUGAGAGUAGCAUGCAAGAAACCGACUUGGCUCCGGAGACUACUGCGGAGGGUAAAAGCGACAAGGCGUCGGGACGAGCAGAAACUGUCAGUAGGCCUAGUCAGACUCGCCAUUCAAAAAAAUGACAGUGGUCCUUAUUUAUGUGAGGGUGCGAUUUUGCAAGGUUUUAUUUGAGUAGCCCAUUUUACGUGUCGUUGUUUUGCGUGUGAUGUUUUCGAGCACUUGUGGGAAAAGGAAGUAAUUGCUGUUUGUUCUUAGACCGUUUUGAAAAUUUUGUAGAUGAAUAAACUACAGUCUGAUACCCUUCCUCAAAUACUUUAAUAAUUUUCGUAAAGUAUGCCAGCAGAGGGUUAUAAGUCAGUAUACGUUCGUAAACUUUGAGAGCCAGGGCUUGUUUCGUGAAAAGUCUAUUAAGAAAUUACAAUAGCUGUACAGAAGAGCAAAAUCGCGCGUUAAGAGAGAGAUCAUGUCGCUUCUUUGAUAUAAAUAUUUCGACAAUACAUGCUACUAACUAGAGUUCAGUGGCGCUUUUAUGCGACGUAAAUUCCGCUACUUCGGACUACGUAUACUCACUUGAUGUGCUCCAUGACACUCGAGUAGAUGAUUAUCGGAACGUCGUUUGAGGAAUUUGACCGUUUAGAGCUCGCCUACCGUGACGGAAGAGUUUUCAAGUCUUACGAAGUUCUAAUGUCAGUAAAGUGACGUUAGUCGCCUUCUCUCACUACUCGGGGUUGGAAUUGCACACAGACCGGAGGCCACUAUAAGGCAUCAGGUGAUAAGGCCAAAAGGAUGCACUGCCACUGCAAGAAACACCUGGAGUCGUUUAAUGGAUCUGAUGCAAUUGCGGGCAAAGCAACUACAUCGGAGAAACUGGAAGAGUGCUCUGGACGCGGAUUGCCGAACACGCAGCCGCGGUGCAGAGAAAUGACGCCAACUCUCAGGUCGCGGCCCAUUCGACGAGACCCGGUCACACAUUCGAGUUCGAUGAGGCCGAAAUUCUCGUGAGAGGGGGUAUGUGCGUGAGCCGCGAGUUGCUUGAGUCAUGGCUCCGGGAACCUCAGUCUAUCAACAAGUGCAACGGCAUCCCCACUCCAUAUUCCGUGCUGGGACAUAGUCUUGUCAAAGUAAGUAAACCCUCGGGGAGAGCGCGGAUCGGUGAGCCAGGUGGCCGGCCAAUCAUCACGCCAGCAUCUAGCACGGGCGAUGAGGUUUCAGCAAUUGACAACUUGCAUGCCGACCAUCAAGCAAUUAGCGCACCAAAGGGCAACAAUUCUUGAUGAAGGGGAGAGCGGUUAAUUACGAUAGGUAUGCGGUUGCAUAGAGACUGCAUCCUAUAAAUACUGCAACUUCCUAUGCACGAGUCACCCCUUUUCUGCCUCUGUCUCUGAUGAUAGGUUCAAGUGAUAAUCCGAAAAAUUGGUUCCGUCGUAUGCUUGCUAUUGGUGGAUAAUCCGGCCAAAAGGCCUUUAUUUAUCUCGGAAUUCUGCAGGCGGUACUGUCUGUUAGCAGACGUUUUUGAAACUGUUCUGCAGUACAGCAUUUAGGGGUAACUUUCGACCUCACUUAUGAGGCUGACCUCCACGGCAUUUAGGUAAAGUCGAUUAAACUCCCAAUUAACCCCUUGUUUUGUAAUUCCUUACUUAUCGGUGUCUAGAUGCUUUCAGGUCAUUUUUAAUUCAUUUUACUCUCCCUUUUCGAGUUGACUCCUCGGGGCUGAAAAGCAAAUGAAAUUCGAUUGUUUGCAGGGCUGUUUUUCACACUGGUUUUUCGACUAUUCUGAUUUUACCCAUCUAAUUAUUUAUAAGAAGGAAACAGAAGAAGAAGAAGAAGAAGAAGAAGAAGAAGAAGAAGAAGAUGAUGAUGAUGAUGAUGAUGAUGAUGAUGAUGAUGAUGAUGAUGAUGAUGAUGAUGAUGAUGAUGAUGAUGAUGAUGAUGAUGAUGAUGAUGAUGAUGAUGAUGAUGAUGAUGAUGAUGAUGAUGAUGAUGAUGAUGAUGAUGAUGAUGAUGAUGCACCUCGUCGAAAUUCUUGUGGCAUUAACGAAGUCUACGACAAGAUGAAAUCUGCCGAACACCAAUUGUAA